CCAGCAUGUUGGUGGGCACUCCUUAGAAAGAGACUCUUUAUAGUUUACUAUUUCAUCAUCUUCUUCUUCUUCCUCCUUAUCCUCUCUCUCUGAUCUUCUUCUUCUUCUCCAUCUUUUUGUGAGGUGACAAAGAUUAGAUACCCAGAAAACAAUGGGGAAUUGCCAGGCUGUAGAUGCCGCAGCAUUAGUUAUACAGCACCCAACUGGCAAGAUAGAAAGGAUGUAUUCUCCCAUACUCGCUAGUGAGGUCAUGAAAUUGAACCCCGGCCAUUAUGUUUCCCUCAUAAUCCCACUUCCCGUCGCCGCCGCCGCCGCCGAUGGUAAUUCCGAUGAGAAGACGGCCGUCCGGUUCACCCGCGUUAAGCUUCUCCGGCCAAACGAUACGCUGGUUCUUGGCAGAGCUUAUCGACUCGUCACAACCCAAGAUGUGAUGAAGGUGUUGAGAGCUAAGAAGUAUGCAAAGAUGAAGAAGAAGCAGCAACAGCAGGAGGCAGAGAUGUCAGAGGAGAAGUUGCAGGCAGAUGCAGAGGAGCACAGCUCAAGCUCUCAACUAUUACAACCUGGAAACUUUGACUCAGACAAGGCGGUGAAAAAUGAGAGACAAAGAAGGGGCGGCGGGCUGACAAGCACGGCGGCGGCGGGUUCAAGGUCAAAAUCGUGGCGCCCUUCUCUGGAUAGCAUUUCAGAGUCCGGGAGCUAGUUGCGGCGGCGCGCGGCGGCUCUGGAUUGAGUGGACGACAUCAGAUCAGGUGAUCUUGGAACAUUAUGGAAAACUAACAUUUGUUCCGAACGGUUUCACGAGGAACUCAGAAUCACCUGCACUGCUACUACUUAGCUUAAUUCGAGUGAUGUUUGAGUAAUUAUUAAUAAAUUAAAUACGUUUUUUUGUAUAUAUAUGAACAGGAAUCAGUGCAACCAUGCAUGACUGAUUAACACCAUUUAUGAGCAUGGAAAAAAUGAGUAUGCUCCCAGAGUGCUGUAUAUAUCUCCUUUAUGCAA